AUGGCUGGCCACGGAAAACCAGAUCUUUCGGGCUACAAUUAUGGCGCUAUUUCGUCGCUGGUCUUGACGGCGGAUAGGUCAGCUCUGCCGCGUCGAGACAAGGAGCCUGAUGGUGCGCCAACUUCGCUUGCUGGCCGAAUCGACGUUCGGGAAAUGGGCUCUCGAGUCGUACGACAGGCCCCAAAAGACCUCGAGAAGAAGAAGAAAAAGUCUUCCGACAAAAACGAUGGGUCUGAGAGGCCGACAGCCAAACGCAAACUCGAAACUGCCGCAGGCUUUGGGUACGCGAACAUCAUUGAGGCGACGCAAGAUGUUGAAGGCCUCACGUAUCGUCCACGAACUGCGGAAACGCGGGAAGUCUACGAACUUAUUCUUUCUUCUGUUCACACUGCGCUCGGGGACCAGGCGCAGGACAUUGUGCGGAGUGCUGCUGAUUCGGUGCUGGAGACACUCAAAAACGAGGGGAUGAAGGAUUUCGACAAAAAGAAGGAGAUUGAGGAGGUCACUGGUCCCAUCCCGAGCGAGCAGUUCUCACAGCUCGUCAGCCUUUCAAAGAAGAUUACGGAUUACAACGCUGAAGACGAGUCUAUGGCAGAUCCCGACAUGGAGAAGAAGGAUGCUGAGAUUGAUGAGGAAGUUGGAGUAGCCGUCGUCUUCGACGAGGAGGAACAGGAGGAAGAGGAUGAGGAGGGCUUUGAGAUUGCCGAAGAAUCGGAGGAAGAAGAAGAGGGGCAGGAAGCUGCUCCUGAGGAAACCGUCGAGGAUGGUGCGGGGGAGGAGCUUAUCAUAGGAGGCGACUCAUCACGGAAGGUCAAAGCUGACAAGGACAUUGUCUCCCCACAUUCCAUCGACGGUUUCUGGGUUCAACGUCAGAUAUCCGAAGUCUACCCCGACCCCGUCACCGCUGCGGAAAAGACAACCUCCGUCCUCAGCAUUCUUGGAUCCGAAUCCAGUGCCCGUGACUGCGAGAACCAGCUCAUGGAACUCUUCGACUUUCAGAGCUUCUACAUCACCGCCAAAUUCCUCAAAAAUCGCGACGUCGUCGUGUGGUGUACCAAACUGAUGCGUAGUGACGCGGAUGAACGCGUUAAUGUUGAGGUUGCUAUGCGCGAGAAGGGAGUUGGGUGGAUCCUUCGAGAGCUGGCGGGUGACAGGCAAGCGAAGCCUCGUUCAGAUGCCAUGGAUGUUGAUGAGCCCAAGAUUGAGGUUCCAAAGACGGCCACUGUUGCGCCGGGCUCUAUCGUCCAACCCAAACGGACAGUGGAUCUCGAUAGCAUGGCAUUUAGCCAGGGCGGGCACUUGAUGUCGAACAAGAAGUGCAAACUGCCAGAUGGGUCGUUCAAGCGGGCGAAGAAGGGUUACGAAGAAAUUCAUGUCCCUGCCCCAAAGCAGAAGCCUACGACGGAAGGCGACUUUGUUCCCAUAACUGCCCUACCAGCUUGGGCUCGCGAGGCGUUUACAGUUCCCAAGCUUAAUCGCGUUCAGAGUAAAGUCUUCCCAAUCGCUUUCGGUACAGACGAACCUAUAUUGCUUUGUGCUCCAACUGGCGCGGGAAAGACAAACGUCGCCAUGUUGACAAUUCUCAAUGAACUUGCCAAGCACCGUAACGAAGAGACCGGAACGUUCGAUUUGGACGCUUUCAAGAUCGUCUACGUCGCUCCCAUGAAGGCCCUUGUCCAAGAGAUGGUCGGAAACUUCACAGCCCGACUCAAGGUCUUCGGUAUCAAAGUCGGCGAGCUUACUGGCGACUCCCAAAUGACCAAACAGCAGAUUGCAGAGACCCAGAUCAUCGUUACCACUCCGGAGAAAUGGGAUGUCAUCACGAGGAAAAUGACCGACACUUCUUACACCAACCUCGUACGCCUCAUCAUCAUUGAUGAAAUCCAUCUCCUCCACGACGAGCGAGGACCUGUUUUGGAAAGUAUCAUCGCCCGGACUGUCAGAUGGGCGGAACAACGAUCUGAGUUCGUCCGCCUCCUUGGUCUUUCGGCUACAUUGCCCAAUUACGAGGACGUUGCGACCUUCCUUCGUGUUGAUGAGAAGAAGGGUCUCUUCUACUUUGACGCGUCAUAUAGGCCUUGCGGUCUUCAACAACAGUUCAUCGGGGUCACGGAAAAGAAAGCGAUCAAGCGUUACCAGAUCACCAAUGAAGUCUGCUACGAAAAGGUGCUCGACCAGGCGGGCAAGAACCAGACGCUCGUGUUCGUGCACUCUCGCAAAGAAACUGCGAAGACCGCCAGGUUCCUGAGAGACACAGCCAUCGAGAAGGAGACGAUCACCCAGUUCGUGAAGCCUGAUGGUGCCGUUCGAGAGAUCUUGACGGAGGAAGCUGGCAACGUGAAGGACAGCAACCUGAGAGAUCUCUUGCCAUUCGGCUUCGCCAUUCAUCACGCUGGAAUGUCAAGGGAGGACCGUGGACUCGUUGAAGAAUUGUUUGCGGACGGAUCUAUCCAGGUCCUAGUUUGCACGGCGACACUGGCUUGGGGCGUCAAUCUUCCUGCCCAUACCGUCAUUAUCAAGGGAACGCAGAUUUACAACCCAGAGAAGGGUCGCUGGGUGGAGCUCUCAUCCCAAGACGUCCUCCAGAUGCUUGGUCGCGCCGGUCGUCCGCAAUAUGACACCUUUGGAGAGGGCAUCAUCAUCACAAACCACUCCGAGAUGCAGUACUACCUCAGCCUGCUGAACCAGCAGCUGCCCAUCGAGUCCCAAUUUGUCUCGAAGCUGGCGGACAACCUCAACGCUGAGAUUGUGCUUGGGACCGUCCGGAAUCGUGAUGAAGCCGUUCAAUGGCUUGGUUACACUUACCUCUACAUUCGCAUGCUCAAGUCGCCGGCCCUGUACAGCGUAGGCGUCGACUACCAGGAGGAUGACGGUGCCCUAGUCCAGAAGCGCGCUGACAUAGCCCACUCCGCUGCUGUCCUUCUGGAGAAGUGUCAACUUAUCAAGUACGAGAGGUCGUCAGGUCGAUUCCAAAGUACAGAGCUCGGCCGAAUCGCUUCGUAUUACUAUGUGACGUACAACUCCAUGAUGGUCUACAACCAGCAUCUACGUUCGACGAUGUCAUCGCUUGAGUUAUUCAGGGUUUUUGCACUUUCAAACGAGUUUAAGUUUGUACCUGUUCGACAAGAGGAAAAGCUGGAGCUCGCAAAGCUACUCGAGAGGGUACCGAUUCCUGUGAAAGAAAGCGUCGAGGAGCCUGCGGCCAAAAUCAACGUACUCCUGCAAGCCUACAUCUCGCAACUCAAGCUCGAUGGGUUCGUCCUCGUCGCUGACAUGGUCUUUGUGCAGCAAUCUGCUGGGCGUAUUUUGAGGGCUAUGUUCGAGAUAUGUCUGAAACGCGGCUGGGCUGUGCCUGCUAAAGCAGCUCUCGACCUUUGCAAGAUGGUUGAGAAGAGGAUGUGGGGUUCAAUGACGCCUCUUCGUCAAUUCAAGGGCGUUCCUGCUGAAGUGAUAAGAAAGGCAGAAGGCAAACAAUUCCCUUGGUACCGUUACUUUGAUCUGACACCUCCUGAGAUUGGUGAACUAAUCGGGAUCCCUAACGCUGGGCGGUUGGUGCACCGUCUCGUCCACAGCUUCCCGAAGCUUCAGCUCCAGGCGCAGGUCCAACCCAUCACUCGGUCGCUUCUUCGAAUCGACCUUUCUAUCAUACCUGAUUUUCGAUGGGACGAAAAAAUUCAUGGUACGGCGGAGACCUUCCUUAUCGUGGUCGAAGAUGUGGAUGGCGAGGUGAUACUUUUCCAUGACUCGUUCAUCCUUCGUCAACGAUACGCGGAAGAUGAACAUAACGUUACUCUUACUGUGCCCAUGUUCGAACCUGUCCCACCCAACUACUACAUCUCCAUUAUCUCGGAUCGCUGGCUUCACGCCGAAACUCGGCUUCCCAUUUCUUUCAAACAUCUCAUUUUGCCCGAAAAGUUCCCUCCUCCUACUCCGCUUCUCGACCUACAGGCCCUACCUCUUUCCGCCUUGCACAACAAGGAAUUCGAAGCACUUUACUCCUCGACGAUACAAACCUUCAACAAGAUCCAAACCCAGGUUUUCCAAGCUCUUUAUACGACAGACGAAAAUGUUUUCAUUGGUGCGCCUACCGGUAGCGGGAAGACAAUCUGCGCAGAAUUUGCUCUCCUUCGUCUCUGGAGUAAGAGAGAGCAACCCCGAGCGGUUUGUAUCGAGCCAUAUCAAGAAAUGGUUGAUCAGCGGGUUGUGGAAUGGCGGGCCAAGUUCGAAAAGCUUCAAGGCGGGAAGGAGAUUGUCAGUCUCACAGGGGAGACAAGUGCUGAUCUGAGGCUUCUGGAGAAAGGAGACGUCAUUGUCUGCACACCAACGCAGUGGGACGUCCUUUCACGACGGUGGCGACAACGCAAAAACAUCCAAAAUAUCGGUCUUCUUAUCGCUGAUGAGGUGCAGUUGGUCGGCGGUGAAGUGGGACCCACCUACGAGGUCGUCAUUUCCCGCACGCGUUAUGUCUCAGCCCAAACGGAAAUCAAGACACGCAUAGUCGCUUGUGGAGUCUCUCUUGCGAACGCCCGAGAUCUGGGCGAGUGGAUGGGUGCACCUUCUCACGCGAUCUUCAACUUUUCACCAAGUGCCCGUCCCCUCGAUAUGGACAUACAUCUUCAGUCCUUUACCAUCCCCCAUUUCCCCUCCUUGAUGAUCGCCAUGUCGAAGCCUGCUUACCUCGCCGUUCUGGAGUACUCUCCCUCAAAACCCGUCAUCGUUUUUGUUCCCUCCAGGCGACAGUGCCGCCUGACGGUCGACGACCUUCUGACUCACUGCCUAGCGGACGAUAAACCUGAUCGAUUCCUCAACAUCGAGCUUGACGACUUACAACCUCACCUGGACCACAUCAACGACAAGGGCCUCGUUGAAACGCUCAAACACGGUAUCGGGUAUUACCACGAGGCUCUCGAUAAGCAGGACAAACGGAUCGUUCAGCGCCUGUUUGAGUCAGGAGCUAUCCAACUGCUUGUUGCAUCGAAAGACACGGCUUGGAGCUUGCCGGUGGCAAGUUACAUGGUCAUCAUCAUGGGUGUUCAGUUCUAUGAGGGCAAGGAGCAUCGUUACAUCGACUAUCCAGUCAUGGACGUUCUCCAAAUGAUGGGCCGCGCUUGUCGGCCAAUGGAAGAUGAGCGCAGUCGAUGCGUUCUCAUGUGCCAGCAAACACGCAAGGACUUCUACAAGAAGUUCCUUGCCGAAGGGCUUCCAAUCGAGUCACAUCUCCCGACCCAUCUCCUCCAUGACUACUUCCUCGCGGAGAUCGCAGUCAAAACCAUUGAGAACAAGCAGGAUGCUAUGGAUAUCCUCACUUGGACUUACUUCUACCGCCGAAUGACUCAAAACCCGAACUAUUACAACCUGCACAAUGUCAGCCAUCAGCAUCUGUCCGACCACCUUUCAGAACUUGUUGAGAACACUUUGAGUGAUCUCGUGAAUUCAAAGUGUAUCGCAAUUGAGGACGAAAUGGACAUGUCGGCGCUCAAUCUUGGAAUGAUCGCUGCCUAUUACAAUAUCUCAUAUGUGACGGUCGAGGUGUACACAUUGUCUCUCAAGGAGCGUACGAAGUUGAAAGGCCUUCUCGAGGUUGUAUCAUCAUCGGCCGAAUUUGAAACUAUCCCGAUCCGGAGACACGAAGAUGCUCUUCUUCGUCGUAUCUACGACCGCGUCCCAGUCAAACUAGAGCGGGCCGACUUCGAGGCCCCCCACUUCAAAACGUUUCUGCUCCUUCAAGCUCACUUCUCACGGUUGCAAUUGCCGCCUGAUCUGGCUGCUGACCAGGUUCUGGUCCUGGAGAAAGUACUCAAUCUUUUGUCGGCCAGCGUCGAUGUGAUGUCGUCUAGCGCUUGGUUAAGCGCUCUGGGUGCGAUGGAUCUAUCCCAGAUGUGUGUACAAGCCAUGUGGGAGACGGAUUCGCCUCUGAAACAGAUCCCUCACUUUGAGACUGAGGUAAGCAAAUUCACGCUGACGCCGGUGGUCGACUCCGUCUAUGACAUCAUGGAGCUCGAGGACGAUCGUAGAAACGAGUUGCUCCAGAUGACGCCCGCCCAAAUGCGAGAUGUCGCAACCUUUGUCAACUCCUACCCCACUCUGGACAUCUCUCACGAGCUCGUCAAAGGAGAAUACACCGCAGGCGCGCCAAUCAUCCUCCAGGUAUCGCUGGCACGUGACGCAGACGAGGAAGAUGAUGGUGAUCAAAACGUUGUUGCACCAUUCUACCCCCUGAAGAAGUUGGCGAAUUGGUGGCUCGUUGUCGGAGAUCCUGCCUCCCGUCAGCUCCUUGUCAUUAAGCGAGUCACGGUGACGAAGAGCCUUGCCGUUAAACUUGAGUUUACGUUGCCGAAGGGCACUCACUCACUGAAGCUCUACGUCAUUUGUGACUCUUACGUUGGUGCUGACCACGACAUUGGUCUCGAACCCAUUGAGGUGCUCGAAGGAGAGGAUAGCGACAGCGAUGAGGAUAUGGAUAGCGAUGAGGACGAGUAG